AUGGAUAUUCUCUGGAAUCACCCAUUGUUUUUCAUUGCAACUGGUAUCCUUUUUGUAUUUUGUUUAAAGUUACAAUGUAUAAGUUAUCUUUUGAAACAUUAUAGUGAUGAUCAUCACAGAUCUUUCCAACCUUACCAUGAUGAUGAUGAUGGUUUUGAAGGCAACUAUAGCUACAACUAUGGCUACAAUCCUUAUCGGCCACCUUCAGGAGGAAUUAAGGGAAAAGUUGAACAAAAAUACUGGCACACAAAGCAAACAAUGAUUCAAAAGUUGGGAAAGGAGCAGGACUCAUUUGUGGUUGCUGGGGACUCUGAAGUGGAUGCACGUCUAGAGGUACACCUGUACACUGUCUGUAAGAAAAAUAAUAAUGGUAACUACAGUAUUACAACUGAAAGGUUACUGAGUGCAGGCGACAGCAACUGAAGGUUAAAAAACUUUUCCUGCAAUGUUGUGCUUUGCGUAAUUUCACAUGAUAGAUGAUCAAAACAUGCAUCAUCAGCAAGCCUUAAGUUUUCAAUUCCCUUGGAAAAUAAUUUUUUUGUUUCUGUGCCUGGAGAUCAUGGGAAACCAUCUAAAACAAUUUUUUUGGUUCCAUGAAAAUUCAUGGCAACCCACCUCUUAAAUUUUUUCAAUUUUUGGAAAUUCAUAUAUUUUUUUCUUGGCCCUGGAAGCCAUAAACUAGUGAUGUUCAAUGCACUUUGAAAACAAUUCAAGAUGGGGAACAUUAGAAAGAUGAUAAGAUGCUAUAUCAACAUUCUUGUUUCGUAUAUAACCUAAGUCAUCACCAAGAAUUGCUCUACUAGUUUAGAAUCUGAGUGGAAACUAUAGAUUGAUCCUAAGACUGAAAAUGUCACUGGGAAACUAUUUUCCAGUUCUGUUAUUUUAGGAACCACAGUAAUGUCAUGGUACCGGAAACAAUCAUUACUGUGAAAUCCCAGGGCUUAAUCAGUGAAUGAUAGAACGUUCAAAUGUGCAUGUGCAGAUUGUACAUUCCAUUCCAUUCAUUUUUAGAGGAAGUCCAAACAAAGCUGAGAAAAACUGCAGAGAUAUUAAUGUGCCAUAGGCUUUCUGCAUGUUGUCUCCUUGAGCACUUGCCAUUGAUUACACAAGUUAAUUAUGUGUCUUUGACAAUUUUUGCAGGCCUUCAGGCAUAUACAGAAGACAUGUAUAGAUAUACUAAAGGCAAUAGAAGUAUAUCAAAAUAGGAUAUUUGGUAGGUACACAUUGUUCACAUGGAACGCUGUUGCGCUAUCUUCAUGAAAACCAUUGUGUUCUGACCAGGUAUUAGUAUAUGUAUAUCAGGCAUGUGUAUACGUAUAUUUGGUAUUGAUCCAUGUAGAAGUGUACAAAAUUAUUUAGCAGUAUAUAUUGCUACAGAUAGGUUGUCUGGGAUCCCUGUGUUAGAAUGCAACAAUGGAAACAAAUGAAAAUGAUUUCUUUGUUUGUUCAUUUAUUUGUUGCCAGUCAUGGCUGCUGCCUAAGAAAAUGUUUUUGGAGCCCUUCAGGCUAUCCAAGUAAAAAGUUGGGAGCCUAAGCCUCAUUUCUAGGAGCCCAUUGAUCGAUAAACUUGAAAAACUCAAAAUUUAUUAGGGCAUGAAUAGUAGCAUAAUUAUGUAAGGUUCAACUGACAUUCAAGGGCCAAUCUCCUUUUUGCUGUUGGUAAAUUUAUUUUCCUUAACCUCGCCCGUGGUGCCAGAGGUGUUUUUUUUACCUAAUUGUACUUCGAGAACAGACCUGGAACCAAGGUACCCAACCUAGUUUUAAUUAGUUUACUGGAAUGACCUUUAAUAGGCAGUGUCUAGAUUUUCUUUGCUGUAAGUAAGUUGACAGUCUCAACCAGAUCCUAGAAGGUUGAUUCGCGCCUCUCGAAACUCGAUUCAUUCAAAUCUUCAGACGCCUGAGUCUCAAGUUUUGCGUUUCGAGUUUCAAGAGACCAGCAGUUUUGAAUUUUUACCACUCACAAGGAUUUUGAGGAAACUAUUUAUUUCUAAAGAAAAAAAAAAAAAACCAUUUGCACAUUCAGGGGUUCACACCAACUGACAGUGCUUUAUACAGGUACAGUUUAGGUAAAGUUAAGUUAAAGUUUUUAAGCAAUAAAUUAAAAAAGGACCAACAAAAGGGUUUUUAUCUUGAAUUUUGGAAAAUUGACACAGUGUUUUUGUAUGAAGUCUUUCUGUUGAACCACAAAAAGUUUUUUUUGGUGCAAAACAUCUUAAGGUAUGUAUUUACAUCAGUGGCAUGCAAUGGCAUAGAUUGAAAUAGGAUUUUAAAUAGCUGCAGUGAAUCUUUUUUCAAAAGCUGCAAUGUUUUUGCGAGCCUCUCAAAAAUUACCUUAAAACGGACAACAAAAAGAAAGAACGGCAUAGAUAACAAUGUAUAAAUGAUGUAAGAAAUCUUUGACUGUACCAUCUGUAGCAAGAUAGAAAAUGCUAAUCUUUGAUCGUCGUAGAUGGAGGUAAAAUUUGCAUAAUUAUGUCAAGUGUAAUUUGAAACCUCUUGCUUUUUGCAAGCAUCGCAACUUUGAAACAUACAACAACAACCUAACAGUUCUAGAGGCAAACAAAACACCGGGAAAAGAAGGCACGUGAUGAUUUUGAUACCGAAAGUUUUUCUAAGACUAUUAAAUUCAUUCGAGAUCAUUUUCAGACAAGAAACUUUACUGUAUUGCAGCGGAAGCCCCAGGAACAGAAGUUAGAGAAGCAAAUUUUAAGGGUGGUGGACAAAAGACUGGUGGACUACCCUAAAAUAGACUACAUCACCAAAGUUUAGUGAUUAGGGUAAGGAAACUGAGUGAAUCAAGUUUCAGGUCAGUGUUCCAAGUAUAAUGACCCUAAAUGGAACCUGAUUCACUCAGUUUCCUAACCGUAAUCACCAAACUACUCUAGGGUAGUCCAUGAACUGGGGGUCAGUGUUUUGUCCACCACCAAUUUCAAGACAAGUGCUUGUUUGUUUAUUUUUUAUCAGUGGGACUUUUUUGCCUACAGUCGAUGACCACACAUUUUGCAUUUUCAUUUCAAAAGCACAGAAUGAGGAGGGAAUUUUGUUGUUUGUUCAUUGGAAGUUGGCAUGGAAGCUAUUGCCAUAAGAAUCAUGAGUUUCAAGUGCCCAUGUGGGCUCCUUGUUUAGAAGUUUAGUUGCCCGCUGGCAAAUCGUAGGCACCUCCGGUGACCUGGCAGCCCUUACCCAGCAGCCUUGCCAAUAUUCUCUCAUUACUCUUGCGCACACGUACAGUACAUUAAAAUUCCUUGAAUUUUUGGCCUGGACAAGUGUAUGAACCCUGUGAGAAGUGUGCUUUGCAUGUAGGUGGCAUACCCCCAUAAACCUACGGAUGUAAGAAAAUCUGGUUAUGAUGUCAGGGUAUGCCCAUCCGUCUGUCUGUGCAAACUCUGGGAGGUAGGAAAAUCUCUGAAGGAGGAGAAAGAAGUCUCAGUUUUAGGGCAAAGCAAACUAGUUUAAAGGCAACCAAUGGAAUUUAAAAGUGAAUUUUUAAGGCUUAGUGACCCUUUUGGUCCAGGACCAAUCUAGUCUCAGAUUGUUUAAAAUCUUGACAGGUGAAUUUAUGCAUAAAUACUAAUUCAGCAUGUAGAAACAGGGUUCAAAAUUGCAACUCACUGGUUGCCAAUGCAACUAAAGUUUGGGUGCUGGUGACUACGUUUUAAGACCUGGUCGCCAGUUGGCAAGUCAUCUUCUGUUUCAAUAAGAUAACCUCUUGUCCUGGAUCUGUAAUCAAUAAUUAUAGUAAUAGUAAACUCACUAACGCUCUGCUUCAUCCAGCAACUCAAAGGGGAAGCCUCACAAGGCAAGACUUAACAACGUACACAUUUUGCCAUAUAUCAGUUUGCUCCUUUUUCAAUGUUAGACUUUAAUGUUCUUCUUAUAUUCUUCUUACAAUUCUCCAGAGCUGGCUAGUCCCACUGGUAAGAUAGUGGUCUUGUCUUCGUACACUGUACUGUGUACCUUCGUUGCUAAAUCCAAUGGUGUUCCUGUUCCUGUUCACUUUUUUCUUUCACUGCCACUCAUUUUCACCUUGGUGGCCACUAGCAUUUCUCAAUUUCUCACCAUCACUACAACAUUUUCAUGUUUUUCUUUCAACAAAAUUGGUCUCAGUUGUUUUUUUAUUUCUCACUCUAGCUCUUUCUCUGUUAUCCACGUUAAUGUAGACAUGAAAAUUUAAUCGAAAGAAAGGCUUGGGCUUGUUGUUUUUUUUCUCUCUAAAAGUCCGGGUGGCAAUGAGAUUUACUGCCAAAAUGUGCCGGGUGCUUGAAAUGCAAAAUUUCAUCCCAGCUUACAUGAAGGGGUGGAUGUACGUACAUAUGGACGAUUUUGUCAGCAUCAAAAUUUCUUGGAUGCAUAGAUAACUAGAUUUUCUUACCCAUGGUGCUUAGCUGCAUGUGCUUUGUGUGCACGAGAGCUCUGCUAUUACUAAAUGCAGUGGUAUUCUCUAUGUUAAUAGAGAGGAGAAGUCGUUAGGUUACAUUGCCAUGGUAGCAAAAUUUUUGAAUGACGACAAACCAAAAAUUCACUUAAAAAGUAAUUUUGCACUGUUUCAUUUAAUUUGUCAAAUGUUAGCGAAAUUUUCUGGAUUUAAUCUGAAAGGACCAUAUCUGAGUUUAGAAAAAGAAAAAGAAACUUUUUGUGUUGUGUUCACCUACUCUAUAAUGGGGGCGCGUGAAAUUAGAAAGUUUCAUGUCACAGUUGCGCAAAGACGGCUAAGAAAAGUACAAAAAAGUGUGCAAAGUUGUUGUUUUGCUUAUCUAAACCUAUCAGGUUCUUUUGCCUUUGUCGUUACUGUUGCCAUCGUUGUUGCCUUAUCUCAGCCUUAUUGUUGCCAUCCAUUUAUUUGGCUACCAUGGUAACUCAAUGUCACACUUCUCCUCUCUAUUUGAAAAUUGUAAAAUCGACACUGUUCAAAAGAUUCUUAACUGAAGUUUCAGCAAUGCUGCCUUCUUCAGGGUACAAGACUAGGGUAUUCUCUAUGAUUUGAUAUUUCAAUUUUAGCAUUGUCUCAAGAUGAGAAUGAAAUGGGACGCUUUCUCCGAGAGCAAGGUUCACAGGAUAAAUCCAAGGCUGGAAAAAUGAUGAUUGCAGUGGGCAAGGCUCAGAGUUAUUCAGCUCAGCAAAGGUACAUUAAGCUACACUGGACAUGAUUUUAUUACCUUUGUUAUCUUGUACUUGCUGUUAUUUAACAGUUUGUUCUCUUUUAUUACUUUUUACCUUCAUUUUAUUACACAUGUAUUUUCAGUCACUAAUAAAGAGAAUUCUCUUCAAAAGGAAACAGUGGUGCAAAUAGCUAAAUAAAUACCAAAAUAAUUUAUCAUGAUUAACAGCAGUACAGUGUAGGUUUUCAAGAAAUAUUAUAUACAGUGGAACCUCGAUUUAAUGAACCUCUAUAUAACAAAAUCUACAGUAUAGUGAACAAUCUUCUUCAGCUGGGCUAAAUUUACAACAAAAUGUAUGGAACAAGACCUUGAUAUAACAAACCUCAAUUUAACGAAAUCCACUUCAUAACGAACACAAUUAGAAAUGCAAACGUAAGAUAAUGUACCUUGAUAUAAUGAAUAAAAUUUAUUCAUUAUAUCAAGGUAUAUUUAAUAAUGUCAACAUGUGACAGAAAGAUAGCUAAAGAUGAAUGCAAAACAGACUAACAAGGAUAAUGUGUAACGUAGUUUUAAGCAGUUUUGUUUGCCUGUUCUUGUGUUUCUAGUGUCGUAGCUAUGUACAGCUCCGAACUGAGACAGUAGUUUCAUAUGCAAAUGUUUAUUACAGAAAUUGCUCAGAUCCCGAAAUGCUGGGCAUUGGGAAUUAAUCAUUAACUAUACCUGGAUAUCACAAAGAUUUUGCUUGUUUUCCCAAAAAUUCGUUAAAUCAAGGUUUUCUACAUAACAUACCCUGGAUCUAACAAACAAAAUUAAUUUUCCCAGUCCCUUGGCCUUUUGUUAUAUCAAGGUUCCACUGUAUCUAGAAUGUUUUAUAAUCAAGUGAAAGGGUGCCACUUGCUAUAAGAGUCAAAAGCAAAAAUUUGUCUUGCUAGACAAGGUCCAUUGGUAAAAUGUACAUGGCUAAUUUCGUAAGUUUCACUAGUGCAUAUAAGUAGUUGGUAAUUGAUUACACAACAGGGACCUUUAGAUUGUAAGACAAUUAGGACAACCAUAUAAGAACAAAUUGCUCUCAAUUCUAAGUAGUGUGCACACAUGAAUCAGUGUGAUUUUGGCAUUAAACCAUGAUUCUAGUAUGGAUUUAAGCUUUUUUUAGUUUUAAAAUGUUAUUGUGUCUGAAACAAGUUACCAAAUGUUAGUCUUAUCAUUUUUCAAUCUACAUUGUACUGAGGGCAAGCUUAACUUCCAUCAAUAAAAGUAACUGUGUUUUCACCUUUCUGUUGAAGGAAAUGAAGCUUUCCAGGGUGUCUAUUUUUUUUUUGACAAUAUGUGAAAAAAAGUCGUGAAGUCGAAUCUCAUUCUCAGAGUCAUACUGGUCCUUGAAUCUAACAGUUUCUAAUAAUGAAAGAAGGACAACAGCCAAAAGAAAUCUCUGUUAGCUAAAAACGUGUACAGUCAUCUCUCUCUAAGACAGACACCUUUGGGCCCAGCACUAAGUUUCCAUCUUAGAGAGGUGGCCAUUACUCAACUAACUCCAAUUUUGCUCUCUGAAUAGGUUAAGCCUAAGAACCCCACUAGUGCGACUGUACCAGGAAGUUGAAACAUUUCGAUUUCGUGCCAUCUCAGACACAAUUCAAACUGUUACCCGUAUGGAGCAAGCAAGAACAGACUACAGAGCAGCGCUCCUAUGGAUGGCAAACUUAUCUAAAGAAUUGGAUCCAGAAGAGUAUAAGAGAUUAGAUAAAUUUAGAGAGGUCAGUUGCUGAAGUCAGCCUUUUCUUGUCAUAAAUACUGUUGGAUACAUCUAGUUGAUGACAUUAAUCAAUCAGGCUAAUUAUCUACAUGCAUACUACACUAUCCACUAGCCUGAUAGCAAGCAUUUCCAUGCUUGUUCUUUACAAAAAUCAAAAGAAAGACGUUCAAAAGUGACAGUCCCUUUAUCUUUUACCGUUUAGCUUUCUCUCUUAUUUUGCUUCUGUGACAAAUUUAUAAUGUUGAUGCUGACUCAGGGUUGUCACUAAAAUUUCAAGUUGCCGGCUAAAUACAAAAAGUAGGCGAGGAAUAAAACAGUUAGGGGUUUCUUUUGGUUUUAUUUUUCUACUAUUUUCCUUUGAAAGUAGCCAGGGGCCACUUUCGUAGUAGCAUCUCUUUAUGAUAUCUUCUGGCUAAACAUUGGAAAUAAAGUUUUGGUUUCAAUGCACCGGUUUGAGAUGCAAAUUAAACCUUAGAAACCCACACAUUUCAUUGUAAUCUCUCACAGAAGCUUAAAGAAAAAAAUGAUCUCCUUGUUCAGUUUUCCUAUUCAGAGCAAGCCUUGUGAGGGCUGACAUUUCCAGUUGUGUUUUACUGUCAUCAGUUAAACUAAUUGGUGGCACCUCAUUUUCCAGCCAAUUGUAUUUCUCUUUGUGUUUGAAAAGGGGAACUGUCUGAUAAUUUCUUAAGUUAUCGUAGCAAGCUCUGAUAACCCUGAUGGCCUUGCUGGUUGCCCAGGUUUUCUUUUGCAGAUCACUUUGCUCGCCCCUAAAAAUGGAAUACAUGCUUGCAGGGUAACAGACAAUGCAUUUAACAAGAUGUACACAAGUAGAAAAUUGCAUCAAUGCUUUCCUUAAUCACCUUAUUUCUGGUAUUCAGGUUCAGAGUCAAGUCAGAAGGGGUAAAAAGAAAUUUGAAAAGCUGAAAAUUGAUGUCAUGCAAAAGAUAGAUCUUCUGUCAGCAAGUAGAUGUAAUUUACUUUCAAGCACUCUUGCAGCAUAUCAGCAGGCCCUGCUCAAGUUUUGGGAAAAUACUUCACGAACUAUGACCCAAGUUUCUGAACAGUUUAAAGGAUUACCAACAUACCAGUUUCAGAUGUUAAAAAGCCUCAACCCUUUGGCCAUUGAAAGUGGGGAUAAAGAAAAGGAAGAAGAGGGAAAAGAGGCGAACCCUGGCAAAGAAUCAGAGGAAAGCAAUGUAGAUUCAACAAAUGGUGUUACAAAACAAACUGUUAGUGAGGAUGAUGAUGAUCAGUUAAUAUCUUUGGAUCAUUCACCUUUAGAAGAGAAAAUAAUGGAGGCAAGACCUAGUCAGGAAGCUGACACAAAUGGUGACAAAUCGCUAAUAGAGACGGAUUUCCUUGGAGAUGAUGAAGCACCAAAUGGGAGUGAGGAGUCAAGCACCUGUAUUGAUUUGCUUGGUGAUGAUGACUUUCUCUCGCAAAAACAACAGUCAAGUAAUGCUGAGUAGUUUCUUGCCAAUCUUUUUAGAUUGUAUUAUUUUACCAUCAUCCACUGCUAUACACUGCCUUAGAAAAUCACUUUAAACAAGUGUUGCAUUAACCAAACAAUACCAGCAGCACUGCAACCAUAUCUGGAAGCCAGGUGAUGGGGGAGUACUUUGCAUUUACACAAAAUAUUUGUGUUCCCUCUAUUCAACUACUACCCGUUAAAAUAUAAACAGAAAUAUACGUUCUCGUGGUGUAAAGUAACAUUGUCAAAUUCACAUUCUCUUAAAAGGUACAUGUAUUCAUAGGCAAGAAAGACAGAAGAAGAAGACAGAAUAGACAGAUUUUGGUUCUAUAAUGAAGCUAGUUUGCAUAUACGGUGCUUACGUGUAUGUCCUUUGGUGCAAUCGUAGCAACCCUAAGGAAACCUAAGUUUACUCAGUAACUUUCUGCUCUAAUUCAACACAAUUGCAUCAGGUGAUAUCAUUACUUUUAAAAAAAUAAUGAUGAACAUACUGUUCAUUAAAAAUUGCAUUAUGUUAACUUCAUAGACUACAGUUUUCUCUACCAAGGGAUAGUACCCCGGGUGGUUGUGAUAUCUUUGUACUAACAUUCCUGUUUAUUGUACACAGCCACAAAUGAUCUACUUUCAUCAUUUGAGAGUUCCUCAAGAAGCAAUGGUCAUACUGGAACUUCACUUAUGCCACCCAGCUAUGAAGCAGCAACGAAAAUCCCUACAGCAGGUAAGAUGGCUGGAUAUUGGCCAAGUUCAUUUUGUUUGUGUGUGUACUUUUAUGGACUAAUAUAAAUAGGACGUUUAAAAAAAAACAAUGGAAUGCAGCCGGUAUUCUUCCAUCUUGGUCAGUAAGGGAUUUAUCUCGUGGCCUUAGAAACAAAUGUUUUCUUGUGGGAACAAAGAGGGAAAUCCCGAAAGAGCAUGGUGGGGCUAUUUUGCCUUUUUCGGCAAAAUAGGAGCCAAACGGAGCCAAAGUGUCAGAAAUGAGGUUAUCAUUAAUUUUUUUGCCACAGAAAGUUCUUAGAAUGGAAUGUCCACUACUCACCACUUGUUCAAGUCAUAAAAAUCUAAGACUUCAGUGGUACAAGUCGUUAAGUUGUGCGAUUGGUUCAAGUAGUGAAUGUGAUACGUUUGAGUGAAAUGAACCGAGGUACAUUGGCUGCAUCUGAUUAGACAAGUGUAGAGAGGGGUUCUUGUCAAGUGGUGCGACUCGUACGCGACUUGUAUGAGUCGUAGUGGUGAAAUAGCAUCUCAUUAGAGACACUAGAAAUGGAGAGCAGAGUUGUCGAACUAUAAGCAUCCUACACGACAAACGUUUGAUGUAUGAAACUGCAAAAUGGCUCAAAAUAUACGAUCACACAAAAAGUCUAGUUAGCAAAUGAACAAGAACGUAUGCACCAGAAUAUCCCUCGUUCUAUAACUAAUGAUUACCCCAAACGAUAAAAUUCCAAUGCAUAACUCCUAAGAGUCGUAUCACUAACAGGGCCCAUUCACGACAACUUUGCUCACAAAAUAAAUACUUCUCAGUUUCGCUAAUGAGAUGCAAUUUCACCAGUUUCACGACUCGUACCAGUCGAAACACUUGACAGGGUCCCCUCUCAACAACUUUGCUCACAACAAGUUCUAUUAAACAGACCCUAUUUUAUCCUCAAGACUUUGUAAUUGUAGGCUUCAUGUAAGCACCUAGUACAUUUCAGACCACAGUUACAGCUGAAGUAGUUUGAAGUUUACAUUAAUUUUUGUUAAGUGUAUUCACUUUCCUCGCUUUCUUCAACAGAGAUUCGUAAUCACUGGUUUUAUAUUGGAUAACACCAAUAAUUAUUAUUAGAGCUUUUCAUUUACCUUUUGUAGUUUAUACGAGGGUUGUCCAAUACUCACUACCUGUUCAAGUCAUGAAAGUUCGUGUUGUUUCAAUUUGUAGCAAGGUUGCUUUUAAUCACCUUUUAAGCCAUAACUUUUAGUAGCUAACACAUAGGCCUUAAUGUAUAUGUACUGAACCUAAAAGAUUAACUGAAUUGAUUGCCUUUUUUUGUCUAUCCAGGUGUUGACCAUCCUUCGUCGAUGACAGCUGAUGACUUGUUGUUUGGCUCCCCUACCAGGGAGGAUAGGGGAACAGAAGACAAGUCAGACCUGGAUAUCUUAAACGAGAUCCUUGGUGCCACUGGAGGGUCUGGCGGACAGGGCACUGCAGAAAGUGAUAACAGCUUCAGUAAAACAUGGAAGGACAUGUUUGGGGAUGAGCCUCUUGAAAGUACACGACAACCACAGGAGCCCAGCCAGUCAUGGUCACAAGGAGGGACUAAUUUCAUGAUGCCAUCUGAUCUUCUUAAUAGCAUGGCUAAUUUUGAUCCAUUUAGUCAGUUGCCUGCCUCAACUCAGCCAGGCACUAGUCAAGCGCCAACCACGUUAGAUCUCCUCAAACAGCCUCAGCUCCCCAAGAAUCUGUGGCAGGGUAAUCAAGUAACUUCAGAGUCAAAGCAGAUACCUUCACUGCCAGGGAAGAGUAAGGAGAAGAGCAAAGGGAAAAAGGGCUCAGAUAUGUCUGCUUGGUUCAGUCUGUUUUCUGAUCUUGAUCCUUUGGCCAAUCCCGAUGCCAUUGACCAACAGAACAAGAAAAGUGAAGAGGAUAGACAAUGCUGAAUAAGGAAUUACUCUUUAAAGAGUUACCAAUUGAAAAUUGUUAAGAAUAUCAAAUUGUUCCACGAAUUCAUUGAAAAAGAACAAUGUGGUCCACGAGAGGGGUUGAAGCUGAGUUUAUGGAAAUCUAGUGGCACCUACUAAAUUCACAUAUAUAUAUAUUUUUUUUUUUCAAAUCUGCUCAUCUCAUGCAUCCUUUAAUAACGACAAGUCUACAUUAGGCAUCAUCAUGUUAUAUUGUGGGGCAGGUCUGGCUACUUCUUUAUUGUGGGUAGCUCUUUCUCACUAUAUACAUCUUGCCACUUGGGGCAUAUUCCCUUUAGCGUGAUUCUACCGUUAAGUAACUUUCGUUUUUGUUGCCAGAAUGUAAGGGUUUCAAAAACUACAAGUACAUUUAUUAUUUGGCUGAAUCCUCGAGCGGCUAAGAUAUGCCUAUCUUCUCCACUCGGGAUUUUCCGCGUUGCUCCCGCCUGAAAACAUUCUCUGUUUAGCCAUAUAAUAAAUCCUUUAUUGGCCAAGUUUGUUCGGUCAAUGUGGCUGUAUAUUGGCCAAGUUUUUUUUGGCCUUGUGUCUCGAAUACGAUCAUCGAGAUCGUUCAGAUCGGUUAACCUCUUUUCACAAAUCAGGAAUGGAAUUCAAGCUUAACUUAAUGGCAUUUCUGUGUUGUAGUCUGUAGAGUGUUGUUUGUCAUUGGUCGUAUCGACUUUCGUCCGGGCGAAACGCCUUUGGGCGAAUCGACCACAAGUCUCGGUUAAUGAAAGCAUACUUAUAAAAAAUGGCCAAUAUACAGCCAUCUUGUCCUCUCGCUUGGUCAAUAACGCAUAUAUAUUUCAAGGUUGCCUUUAUGGACUCAAAAGUUGCAACAGAAUUGUAGUUUGCAUUGUAAAAGUAAAAUGGUAAAAUUAUCUUGGAGAACUUCGCCUUUUUGGCGGGGGGUGGGGGGAUGGCUUAACGCCUUGCAUUGUGUAAGAAUUUAUUUUACCUUAUGAUAGGAUAUUGGGAUAAACCUGUCUAUGAUGUUCAAUGGUUUUAAGGUAGCAGCUGAAUGUUAGGGCGCUGUCCAUUUGUCAAAACUGGCCAACCGAACCAGUUAUUUUGACAAUGAAAUCGGCUUUUUCCAAGGGUUUUUGUUGAAGAACCAUCUCCUUCAUACACACUAUUUGGGAUUUGACUGAUUUAGCGGGAUAGUUUUGAUUAAUAGUGAAAUUCUCAUUACGAAAGGGAAGGGUCUGGCCGGUCAGUUCUGACAAAUGGAAAGCGCCCCCUUAGAUUCACUUAAGGUAAGCCGUAGGUGUAGUUACGUUCAGUGUAUAUCAACAGGGUGUAAAUUGCUAUGGCCGUUAUUUUAAGUUAUUUAGGAAUAAAUUAUUGCAGAGUUGUUUAUAAAUUCUGUUUCAGAAACACAGGAUGUUGAGAAAAUUUGAAAGCAGUUGAAUGUUCUGGUUUUAGAACACCAUGCUUCCUUUACAUACACACAAGAACGUCCAUGUAACAAACCUUUACAUAACCAUAGUUAUUAAAGGAGACGAAUCGAAUCGAAUCUAUCAACUAUGAUAUAACGAACGACAUUCUUCGCCCCCUGUUUCAGUAAUAUAAAUUAUAUGGGAACGACCCUCAAUGUAACGCAACCUAGAGAAUAUAUUUGGCAGUUCCUUGUCGUAAGAUGGUUCGUUUGUUCGCAGGCGUCAUAAAUUACACUUUCUUUGAAAUUGCGAUAAAAUUGACUUUAAACCGGAAUGUUAACCUGUCUAGAAUUUUUUUUGUGUGCUACGCGCAUUUAAAUUCAUUUGAAUGGGGAGCCACCUACGUAGCCGUUCUUUGUGUCGUUGCGUAACCCUGUUCUCUACGGAGCGUGACGUCGCCCAUUAUUAUGUCUUAUGUGAUGAAAUAAGAUUAUACCUGAACUAAGGCUUAUGUGUUAAACAUGAGAAUGCUGCUAUAAGAGGGGACAGACGGCAAAUUAUACACACUGUUAAUCAUCAGUAGGUGCUUAAAUGGUUUUGGCUCCAUAAAAUCCUACAACAAUUGCGGUACGUUUUUAGGGGAGCCACCCACAAUGUGAGCAGAGUUACUGACAGGGUAUUUGAGGCCAAGGCCAAACAUCGAACUUUCCAUGAGACGAACUAAACUGGGCAGAUUAAGUUCAUGACAAAUUCGACGUCUGUCUCCGUUGAUUUCGUCUGAAUCAGAGUUUGCUUCGACAUUUGCGUUGUAUCCGUCUGCUCAGAUUCUGAUUGGUUCGACGCUGCAUAAGUUCGACGUCUGACCCAACAGACGAACUUUAAAAUUAAGGUCUACCCAAAUUACAAUUUGGUUCCUCUCAUGAAAAGUUCGACUUUUAGCGUUGGCCUGAGUUAGAAAAACAACGCAGAGUAAGUCAAAAAAAGAUCCAUUGAAUAUGGAACGAAACGAACCGCUAAUGAUUUAAGCACGCGCCCAUAACGUUGAUGAAAGUGCAGUUAAUGCGUUCAGUUUCAUCCAUUAUUUAGGUUACAAACUAUUGUAGGACUCCAAAAGGACUUGUUAAUGAGGACACUUGUAAAUGUUUCAGUACUUGAUGAACUUUAUUAUUUUGUUUAACUUAUGUUUCUUACCGAAGAAUUAAGGGUCAUUGUUAUCAGUCUAAUUUAAAUAAACAAAUGCAAAGU